AUUUACGCGCAGUAUGAUGUGCCACUCGCUCCUUAUAGUCACGGAUCAUUAACUGGAACCCGAACUUCCCGACCCACCUGCGCAUAGUUUUCGAUGGCUGCACAGAAGCGCAAGUUGAUAUUGACAAUUUUCAUCUCGACUUGUAUAUUCGCUCUUUGUUGGGCAUUCAUGAUUAUAGUUUGGCAUCAAGAAUAUGUGAUUCUACGCGACUCCGACGUCAUCCUCAUCACAAGAUAUCCUACUGUACUCACUCUUAUAUCCACUGUGAUAUCCACAAUUCUGUCGGUAAUCACCACGGCUCUUUUCUCAUUCGCUGUCAAAAACGCGAUCAGCCAUUAUAUUACUCGGCCAACAUCACUGGUCGAGCUUCAUACCGCGAUAGCCCUCACCAAACCCCAACCUCUUCUUCGAUGGGACCACCACAGGCUCUCAUUUUUCACGAUGAUCAUCGUUGGGUUGAUCAUGCUCCUUAAUUCGAGCUGGACGACAUUACUAUUGCCGACACUCCUUGUGUGGCCUGUAUCAAUCGAAGGCAAAGAUCUGGACCUCGGAAGCAGUGCGUUCGAUGCAAAACUAGGUCUUGACAACAUCUUGCUAGGAUUACGCGCGAAUGCUUACAAUACCCUCAAUAUUAUGGCGCCAAUGAGUGGUACUUCAGCCACAAGUCUAGCUGUUGUAGGUGGAGGUGACAGUGUCUUCGCCUUCAACGGUGUCUCAUACAGCAAAUCCAGUAGUGGCAUCGUUCCAGCGGUCGAGGAUUUUUCAGGCACGUCAUUGGCCCCUGGUGGUAUUGGUCUUGGGUAUUAUGGUGGAAAAGUUGUGGUCAAUACAUCGGUCGUUAAUGAAAAACACCGGGGCCGUUCUGGGCUCGCUAGAAAUUAUACCGUGACACAACAGGGUCUUUCGGCGAAUAUUACCUGCGAUUACCUUGACCCAAGCGAGUUCUUGCUGAGGUUUCGUAAUAUUACUUCGCCGGCCUUUGGAUCAGCAAUCACAGCUUGGGCAUGGAUAGCUUAUUGUCCUUCUGGCACGGGCGCUGGUUAUUGGACAACGGAGGCCUUCUCGAAGUUUUACAACACUGUUGGCCUUCUCGGUAUUGUUGUCUGCCCCCCUCCAGGAUUUGUGGAUGCCACCUCCUUUGACAUUGUCCUGCAGGGUAUGGGGCAAUAUGAUUUCUUGAAUGCAAGAGCCUGCAAGGUAACGCCAUAUGUGGCUUCGUUCGACGUGACGUACAAUCAGGGAAUGAUCUCCGUCGAUGAACCUCGUAACAUCCAGCCACUCCAGAACAACAGUAUGAAUGUCACCGCCUUCAUAUCGAACGUAGUGCAGCAGCUGUCUAUCUCCAGUCAGACGACGUACAAUAACCCUUUGGGGAUGUUGCUACAGCUUAGCAUACUGGACCGCGCGAGUUCAGUGAACAAAAUUUUGGAGAACUACUUCCGUGGCGUCGUAGAGUUUUCUGCUACAUACCUUCGUUCCGCCUACCUUGCAGAAGGCGCGGCCACCAAGAUGCCGAACUUGUACUUGGACGAAAGCGCUUUCAAAUCCCUGAAUGGAACCAAGUAUAUAACGACCUACGGCUGGUACAGCGGACACCUUACAUACAUCUAUAUUAUCGGCGUCUUUACGGUCAUCUGGGCGGUCACUGUUUCAGCUGCGAUGUACGGUCUGAUUCAGGAAGGUUCUCACCCACGCACCGGUCCCAUUUUUGAUGCGUCGAACCCAGUCCAUCUCAUGAUGGCUUCUUCGGCUGGGGGACUAGAAACGCUGGCAGGGUUCGAAAAUGAAGGAGUAAUGAUAAAUGAACGUACACGAGUGCGUUUCCUAGAUGGUCGGGGUGUAACACCUGGUGAGGCAGUGGGAGAGACGGCGUCCACUCUGCCUACCAGAUCGACAAUGCGGUUCGAGAUUGUACCGAAGACUUCUAGGUAAGCUGCCUACGGCUGCUGGGUAUACCAUGCUAUGAUAUCCUCCAUAUGUAUUACUACCAUGUGAUGCUCUUUCAUUGAUUAAUUUGUGGCUGUGCCAUAAAAUGAUACAUGCGGGGUCGAGCACGGAGUAUCCUGAGGCUUAUUGGAAGUACAGGCAAGGGCUGAUGAUGAUAAUUGAUUGAAGACCAC